AUGCGGAAAAUGACGUCAGCUAGCUGGCAGAGUCUAUUUUGCAUUUUCAACCCUGAAAAGAUUGUCCGUCGAGAGGACAAUCCGAAAUCGAUGCUGGAUGGCCUCGAAGUGGCGCACACCUCUCAAGAGGAGCAACUGGGUGGCUGGCGCGUGCCCCAUCGGAUUACCAAUCUGCCCCAAAGAUCGUCCGUUGAAGCGAUAAACUGUCCACAUUGCGACAAGGUUUUCACCGCGCAGUAUAAUUUGGCUCGACACCUGCCCGUGCAUACUGGAGAGCGGCCAUUUCUGUGCAAGAUUUGUGGCAAAACCUUCCGUCAAGCCUCCACGCUAUGCAGACACAAAAUUAUCCACACCCAUCUCCGGCCGCAUACUUGUAAAGAAUGCGGAAAGUCCUUCAAUCGAUCUUCUACUCUCAAUACACAUAUGCGGAUUCAUAACGGACUUAAACCGUACAUCUGCGAAGUAUGCGGAAAGGGCUUCCACCAGAACGGAAAUUACAAAAACCACAAACUGACGCAUUCCGUGGAAAAACGCUACAAGUGUCAUUUGUGCAAUAAGGCAUUCCACCAGUCGUACAACCUCGCUUUCCACAUGCACACCCACGAGGACCGGAAGCCGUUCGAGUGCCCGGAGUGUGGGAGGGGAUUUUGCCGGAAUUUUGACCUGAAGAAGCAUCUCCGUCGGAUUCAUCCUGGCCGCAAGGUUUCGGGUUCU